AUGACUGGUUCGAUAGCAGAUGCAAGAGCUUCGGUGAACAGGGCAAGAGGCGAAGCGGCGGAGUUCAGGUACAAGUUCGGAUACGAGAUGCCUUGCGAUGUGCUGGCGAAGCGACUGGCAAACCUCGCGCAGGUGUACACGCAGAGGGCCUACAUGCGACCGUUAGGAGUCGCAACCACCCUCAUAUCGCUCGACUCGGAAUUCGGACCUCAGCUCUACAAGUGCGACCCGGCAGGCUACUACGUCGGCUACAAAGCAACCGCAUCAGGACCAAAAGCACAAGAAGCGCUAAACUUCUUCGAAAAGAAGCUCAAGAACAAGGACAAUGCAGAGGGCAACUGGGAGGAGGUGGUGGAGCUUGGCAUCACAGCUUUGAGCACGGUUCUCAGUGUUGAUUUCAAGAAGGGCGAAUUGGAGAUCGGGAUCGUUGGUGGACCACGAGCAGACGGCCAAGAUGGGCCGAACACAAGCUUCCGCGCGCUGAACGAAGAAGAGAUCGACGAACGUUUACAGGCCAUUGCCGAAAAGGACUGA